AUGAAUCAGCGUCUUACCGAUGCAAGCGACUUUGCUCAAUCAGCCGUCCCGCAGCUAACUCAACUGGAUAAGCUACUUAGAUGUCAUAUCUGCAAGGAAUUCCUACGAGUACCCGUCCUAACACCAUGUGGCCACACAUUUUGCUCACUUUGCAUCCGCCAGUAUCUGCGCCAGGACUCCAAGUGCCCUCUAUGCCUUAAUGAACUGAGAGAAUCUAGCCUGCGAAGCGAAUUCCUGAUAAAUGAGGUUAUCGAAGUCUACAAGUCUUUAAGGCCGAACCUACUGAAUGUCCUGGUGACUAAAUCGCAAACAGAGAGCCCUUUGAUCGAGCUGGGAUCACAUAGUGAUGAAGAUGAUGAUAUUAAAAUCGUUGGAGCCAGAGAAAAGCCAUCGUCCAGCGCAAGCAGCUCAUUAUCCCUUAGGGUAUCGAAGCCUCCAGCAAGAGCACAGUCUCUUCUCAAGAAUCAGGCAGGCAAAGCCAAGCAGAAAAUGGCCCAAUGUCCCAUUUGCGAGCAAUUCUACCCCAUAGAGGCCCUAGAAAGGACUCAUUUGGAUGAGUGUUUGACAAUGCAAUCGUUGGGUAGUCAUCCAAGGCCGGCAGAAAAGGAGAACUCACAUGCCCGUAAAGCCUCUCCUUUACCAGUACCUCAGAAGAGGGCUGCUCCUAAGCCAGAGCCCUCUCAGUGUCAUGAAGAAAGUGAAUCCAAUCUGCAUGUUGAUAAGUACUUGAACUCCGCCGCUACGGUCGACCGACAGAGACUACCGAAAGUUAACUUCACGUCUAUGAGCGUGUCUCAGAUAAGACAGAAACUGGCUUCCUUGGGCUUACCGGUAAGUGGAACAAGACAGAAUAUGAUUGCCCGUUACGAUCACUACGAAAUGCUGUGGAAUAGCAACUUCUGUGACGCCAUCGAACCGGUUGAUGAGACCGAACUAAAAAGACAGUUGUUAAGUUGGGAGGCUUCCCGUAAUAGCAGCAAUGCUUUCGGUUCUGUCAAUAGUAUCUCAUUCAUCAUGAAACGUGCUAACGGCGGUAAAUCUUAUCAAAAGCUUCUAUCAGACUUCAAGAACGAUAAAUUUGACAGGAGGUCAUGGAUCUCAUUAUUCCACCAAGAAUUCAAGGAACUAGUCAGGGAAGCAAGGCGCAAAUUAGUAAACAAACGGUCGGCUCAAGCACUGACUGCAAAUGGUGAAGAGGCUUUUCAAAGCAGUGCAUAA